GUGAUGACAGUGACACAAACUCUCCAUGAAGCUACCCCCAUUGACGACGGACAGAACGUUCCCUUGAUAGAGACGCAGGACAGCCAAGACGUCAAGGACGAUGUGCAACUGGGGCGUAAGAAGAACCUCUGUGUUAUCCUGUCGGAUGAAAAUGAGAGGCUGGUGGGUGAGUGGCUCGAGCACGAGGCCCAAUUCAUAUACAGCAAGGGGAUGGCUGUAUACAAGGACAAAGCCAAGGUGUGCAAUGCCUUUGAUGACAAGGACAAGUCACUUAGGCCACCAGUGACUGGGAACGAGCUCCGGACGUGGUUCACGUCCCUCAGGAGCCGCUUCGGAUGCCUCACCGCCGAGAAGAGUGGCCAAGAGGUGCACGUAGAUUGCUUCCAACAAUGAAAUAGGAACCCAAAGAUGCAGUGACAUUAUUUGAAUAUAAUCUACAAAGUAUCCUUUUAUGUCAAGCCAUUAUAACUCGAAAUCAG